AUGCAAAUUAAUACAAGCCGCCGCAAGGCCAGCACAGGUCAGCUAAGCUAUUUGGCUGAGCACAUGAAAAGUCAUAGUGAUAUGGCUUCAGGCAUCAGCCAUACUCUUCAAGGGCGGGCUAAUUUGGAAACAUUAUGGGAAAAUCUUACCACAAACCUAAAUUCUUUGGGGGGGCCAAUUAGGACAGUGGCUAAAUGGAAACAGACCUGGCGAGAUUUACGAAAUAACGUGAAAAGAAAGGAAUCUUAUAACAAAAGAGAAUAUCGGGGGUAUGGGCCUGGUAGCACCGGUAAUGGACCUCCAACAAUAAAAAAGCUUUCACAGGUGGAAGAACAAGUGCUCUCCAUAAUUGGCUCCGUGGCUGUCCAUGGUAUGGAAGAGAUUGCCUGUACGGAACCUAUUAUACCUGACGCGAAAUUGACUGGACUGGAUUUGCCACAACCAUCAUCACCACUACCACCUGCUUACCAGGAGAAUCAACUACCACCACCAACUGUUGAACAGGAUUUUACAUUUGUUGAUCAGAAGAUGACAUUACCAUUGGCCAAGCCUGAAAUAUUGGACAGUCCACUGCCAGUGGUGCCUGGGCCUUCCCUUAAACAUGCACCGUCAACAAUAAAAAAGCGUAUUGUUAAGAGACAUGGUAAGAUGGUACACUUCUUUUUUAUUCAUAAAUAUAAAUAG